AUGGGAGAAAGUGAAACAGGUGGCAACGUGUUUUUAUCCGAAGCCCGAAUCGAUCAAUUCAGUGUCGAUUUACGACACGUUCACUAGCAAGGAUACGGUCGAGCGCCGGGUCUCGCCACGCUUUGCCGGAGAGAGUGCGUUGUGCGUGGAAGGGCUCGCUUUCGCCUGCUUCCAUGGCAGUUUCUGCUCUGCAAUAUUUUAGAAAUGUUUUGUUUUCGGUAAAGUAUGCUUUUCAUUAAAAGAACUGCAAUUUUUAAUUAUUUGAAACUAUUUUCACCUGAAUAUUUCUGAAGCCAAAUGCGAAAGGUUUAUUGUCGUCCUUGCUGCUGAUAAGAAAUUAUAGGAAAAAUCGAGAAAGCUAGUUCGUUAUCAGUUGUCGCUUUUAAAAGAGACCCAGAGAGAAAAGAUUUCACAAAACAUCAUUCCCAAAAAUCGAUUGCCUUAGCACACGUGGAAUACGUCUCUCCGCCCCUCCCGCAAGCCGACGUCAGCUUUGUUUUGUCCUUGUUUUCUCAUCUCGCAAAUUUCGCAAACUCCAACAAACUGCUCUUGUUUUCAGAUGGAUAUAGAGAGUUUCCUUCUCGGAAUCCCUGUGGUAACACGGUACUGGUUCCUCGCCUCUACAAUCGUCCCUCUUCUCGGCCGAUUCGGUCUCCUAAAUGCGCAAUGGAUGUUCCUUCAGUGGGAUCUUGUCAUCAACAAAUAUCAGGUACCUUUUUCAGUGAGAAAUUUGUAAACGCAUGUAGUUUUCAGUUCUGGAGGCCUCUGACGGCGCUAAUAUACUAUCCGGUGACACCGCAGACAGGAUUCCAUUGGUUGAUGAUGCUGUACUUCCUGUACAACUACUCAAAGGCUUUGGAGAAAGAGACAUAUCGAGGAAGGUCGGCUGAUUAUCUCUUCAUGCUCAUCUUCAACUGGUUCUUCUGUGCGGUCAGUUUUUCUUUCGUCUUUGAUCUCAAUUAGAAUUCAUAAUUUCAGGGUCUGUGCAUGGCUCUCGACAUUUACUUCCUACUCGAGCCAAUGGUGAUUUCCGUGCUUUAUGUCUGGUGCCAAGUGAACAAGGACACGAUCGUUUCAUUCUGGUUCGGAAUGCGCUUCCCAGCCCGCUACCUGCCAUGGGUUCUCUGGGGCUUCAACGCAGUGCUCCGUGGCGGUGGCACCAACGAACUCAUCGGAAUCCUCGUUGGUCACGCCUACUUCUUCGUUGCCCUCAAGUAUCCAGAUGAGUACGGAGUCGAUCUGAUCUCUACUCCUGAAUUCUUACACCGUCUGAUUCCGGACGAGGACGGUGGCAUCCACGGACAAGACGGCGACAUCCGAGGACCCCGACAGCAGCCACGUGGAGGACACCACUGGCCAGGAGGUGCCGGAGCACGACUUGGAGGAAACUAA